AUGAGUGAUUAUGAAACAGAUAAUGAUACUGAAUAUGAAGAAUAUGAAAAAGAUUACGAAUCAGCUGCUAUAUUAGCUAUUUGUGGAGUUGCCAAUUAUUACUUGCGAUAUGUCCUCAAACAAGAGAAAAGGACUUCAAAACUAUCAGGAUAUCAAUGGCUAUUAGAAUUAAAGGAAGGGAAUGAAAUGCGAUUUUUUGAACAAUUUAGAAUGAGAAAACCAGUGUUUAACCGUUUAUGCAAUGAUUUGGUUCUCAAUUAUGGCUUGAAAUCUUAUAGAAUGAUAGAGGAGCGAUUUCAGCAUUCAGGUGAAACUAUAUUUCGUCAAUGUCAUCAUGUUCUAUCAUGUGUGAAGAAAUUGGCAAAAAAUAUUAUUAGACCUAUUGAUCCUAGUUUUGGAGACACACCUAAAUAUAUUAUGGAUAAUGAUAGAUAUUGGCCAUAUUUCAAAGAUUGUAUUGGAGCUAUAGAUGGUACGCAUAUAGCCAUUCAUGUUCACCAAGAUGAGCAAGUGCGAUUUAUUGGUAGAAAAGGAAAUACUACAACAAACGUAAUGGCUGUGUGUGAUUUUAAUAUGUGUUUUACAUUUAUAUGGGCUGGUUGGGAAGGUUUUGCACAUGAUACAAGAAUUUUUAUGGAGGCUCUUCGAACAAAAAAGCUAAAUUUUCCACAUCCACCAGAAGGUAAAUAUUACUUAGUUGAUGCUGGUUAUCCAACUUUUAAGGGAUUCUUAGGACCUUAUCGUCAUACAAGGUAUCAUAUUCCACAAUUUAGACUAGCACCAAAUUUUAGAUCAAACAAUGAAAAGUUCAACUAUUGUCAUUCAAGUUUAAGGACAGUAAUUGAAAGGACUUUUGGAGUAUGCAAAGCAAGAUGGAAGAUACUACAAAACAUGCCAUUAAGAGCCAAAUUUGAAACCCAGCGUGAUAUCAUUGUUGCAUGUUUCACUCUUCAUAAUUUUAUAAGAAUGAUGGAUUCUGAUGACAUAAGUAUUUUGCAAAAGUUUGAAGAUAUUGUUUCGUUACAAGCCAAUGAAGAUGACAGUACUACUGUAAGAAAUGGAUCAACAAAUUCUGAAAUUAAUAAAUGGAAAGAACCAACACAAGAAGAUGUUCGGGCAAUAGAAGAAAUAAGAGACAAUAUAAGAGAUCAAUUAUCGGAUCAAAUAAAUUAG